UCUCAAGAGAAUAAGACGUUCCUGUCCAUGAUAAACAACGUGCUGACUACAGAUGGCUUCUACUUCUGCACAGACUUUGAUCUGACACACACACUGCAGCGACUGGCCAACACCAGUCCAGACUUCCAGGAGAUGAGUCUGCUAGAGAGGGCAGAUCAGAGGUUUGUGUGGAACGGCAACCUGCUGAGAGAACUGGCUGGGCAGCCAGAGCUUCACAGGUUUGCCUUACCUGUUGUCCAUGGAUUCAUUGUGAUAAAACUGUGUCGUAUAAAUGGGAAAAUCUUUGAGUGGAUCCUCAUAUCCAGGAGAAGCUGCUUCCGGGCCGGCGUCAGAUACUACGUGAGAGGCAUCGACUCUGAGGGCCAUGCUGCUAAUUUUGUGGAGACGGAGCAAAUCGUUAUAUACGAGGGAGCAAAGGCUUCAUUUGUACAGACUCGAGGCUCGAUGCCUUUUUACUGGAGUCAGAGGCCCAACCUCAAAUACAAACCCAAACCUAUCAUCAGCAAAGCUAUGAAUCAUAUGGAUGGGUUCCAGAGACACUUUGACUCUCAGAUCAUCCUCUACGGAAAACAAACUGUGCUGAACCUGGUGAAUCAGAAAGGUUCAGAGAAGCCGCUGGAGCAGACCUUUGCAAAGAUGUCAUCAGGUUUAGCCAAUGGAAUGCUCAAUUACCUGGCUUUUGACUUUCACAAAGAGUGCAGUCACAUGAGAUGGGACCGUCUUCAGAUUUUAGUGGAUGCUGUUGCAGAGACACAGGAUGAAUACGGUUACUUCAUGCUGAACUCGGAGGGAAAGAUAAUGAGUCAACAGAAAGGAGUUUUCCGCAGUAACUGCAUGGACUGCCUGGACAGGACCAACGUCAUUCAGAGCCUGCUGGCACGACGCUCGCUGCAGUCUCAGCUUCAGAGGAUGGGGGUUCUGAAUGUGGGUCAGCGCAUUGAAGAGCAGGCCGAGUUUGAAAAGAUCUACAAAAACGCAUGGGCUGACAAUGCCAAUGCAUGUGCUGUGCAGUAUGCUGGAACUGGAGCCUUAAAAACUGACUUCACAAGGACCGGGAAAAGGACCAGGUGGGGCCUUCUGAUGGAUGGUUGGAACUCCAUGAUCCGCUACUACAAAAAUAACUUUUCAGAUGGGUUCAGACAGGAUGCCAUUGACCUUUUCCUGGGAAACUUUGCUGUUGAUGAGUCUGAUGGCCCCACUCCUCUCCGUGUGCAGAAGGACUGGAAGUUCCUCACACUGCCCAUUGUUAUGGUGGUUGCAUUUUCUAUGUGCAUCGUCUGCCUUCUAAUGGCUGGGGACACGUGGACAGAGACCCUUGCUUAUGUUAUGUUCUGGGGGGCCGCCAGCGCAAUCACAGCCACCAUCAUCCUGUUUAACGGCCAGGACUUUGUAGACGCCCCAAAACUGGUUCACAAGGAGAAGAUGGACUGAGUGUGUGUGUAGCUGUGUGUGUCUCUGUGAGGAACGGUGUGGUCCAGAUUCUGUCUCCUCCCUCAGAUCUGGACACAACUCAUCUGCUGCCUUCGUUGAUUGUCUUUUUUUUUUUAAUCAUCCGUCUACAAGAUUUUGGAUUUGUGCGUCCAUCUCUCCUUAUCUUUUCCAUUUAAACAUGAACAUUUCUCCCUCUGGAUUCAGUUUCUUUGUGUUGGUCUGUCUGAAAGCGGUUUAAGUUGUGUACAGGAAGAUCCUGAUCUUUAGACGUUUUUUCUAUUGUUGCCUAACUUUUAAUGGAAAAUGUUCUAAGUGUGUUGUCACCCAAAGAUGUGGGACUCAAACAUAAACAAAUGAAAGUGUUUAUUCGAUCACAUUAAGGAGAACACUAACAGUAUGCACAUGCAGAGAAUUGAAUGUAACCAGAUUUACAAACGUGUGUUUAGAUUUUGAACUUGUGGCUUUACUUGUAUCGGGUGAAAACAUGUCUUCCUCUGAAGCCAUCGUGGGAGUAUUUAUAAAGGCUCUGUUUUAUCAAAGGCUUUCCCUCUUCGUUUGCACUUUGCAUCAAAAUAAAAUGUGGUUUAUUUAUUCGUUUGUGUUUAGAAGUUGGUACUCAGGCUAAAACUUCACUGGCACAAGAAUGAGGAGUUUCUCUUCCUGUAUUUCUACUCACAGAUGCAAACAAAUUUGUUGGUCUUCUUCCACAAUGAAUAAAACUCAACUAUCUGAAAUAACUUUAUUGAGAAACGUUUAGUGGCGUUCUUUGUUUCAUGUUUAACACACGUCAGACGUUGCUUGAAAUGGAUUCAGUUGAAUGUUUCGUAAAAAUAAAUAAAAAUGACAUGAAA